AUGGACGCGGAGCAGCAACGAGGUUUCCGAUCCCUGCCAUUCCUGCAGCAACAGCAGCAGCAGCAGCAACUGCGCCUCCAGCUGCAGCAGAACCCGCUGCAGCAGCAGCAGCAGCAGCAGCAACAGCAGCAGCAGCAUAAGAGUUACAUUAACAGCUGGCAAAAGCCUCAGCAAAUAGAGAUGCUUGCGCCCAUAGGGCAGCACACGGGCCUGCUCCCAACUAAUCUGCAUCAUCAUCAUCAGCAGCAGCAGCAGCAGCAACUACAGCAGCAGCAGCAACAGCAGCAGCAGCAGCAGCAGCAACAGCCUCUGCUGCUGUUUAAGGGGCUCGCUCCUGCUGCUUUUUCCUCCUCCGUCCAGCCGGCCCAGGCUGUGCUGCAGCAGCAACAGCAGCCGCAACUACAGCAGCAGCAACAGCCGCAGCAACAGCAGCAAAGCCACUGGGCGCAACUGCAGCAGGAGCAGCAGCUGCGGCUGCAGCAAAUCAGGCGGAUGCAGAAGCACGUCGAAGAGCGGCAUCUUCAGUUGAGGGAGGAGUUAAGACAAACGCAGAACCAGUCGCAGCGUUUGCUGCUGCAGCAGCAGCAGCAGCAACUGCAGCAGCAGCAGCAACUGCAGCAGCAGCAGCAACAGCAGCAGCAGCUGCUGCUACAGCAACAGCAGCAGCAGCAGCAGCAGCAACAGCAGCAGCAACACUUUGGACAGGCAUCGGGGGGGACUUCGUCUCCCUUACCUCAACUAGGAUUUAUACACGCACGUCAGCAGCAGCUGCUGCAGCAGCAACAGCAGCAACUGCUGCAGCAGCGGCAGCUAGAGCAGCAGCAGCUACAGAAGCAGCAGCUGAAGCACCUAAGAGGACCUGCAGCAACUCCACAGAAUAUUACGCAGGCGAGGAACGCCCCUAUGGCUGAGCAGCAGAAGCUGCUGCAGCAGCAGCAGCAGAUGCAGCAGCAGAUGCAGCAGCAGCAGCAGCAGCAGCAGACGCUGCGGCGUUCAGGUUCCCGUUAUCUUGGCUCUGGGAACCCAGCAGCAGCAACAACAGCAGCAGCAGCAGCAACAGCAGCAGCAGCAACAGCAGCAGCAGCAACAGCAGGUUGCAAUCCAUCUUCCGCUGCAGCAGCUGCACGUGCAGCAGCAGCUGGAGAUCCAGCAUCAGCAGCAUCAUCAGCUGCAACAGCAGCAACAGUAGCAGCAACAGCAGCAGCAGGUCACGGAGGAUGGCUGCCUCAAGAGCUACCGCGAAAGCAGCAGAGCCGUCAGUACACCCCAACACGUGCUGAGAUGCUGCAGCAGCAGCAAAACCAGCAGCAGCAGCAGCAACAGCAGCAGCAACAGCAGCAGCAGGUUCAGGCGUUGCAAGCGGAACAUCAAAUCCGCAUCGGGAUGCAGCAGCAGCAACAGCAGCAGCAACAAAAGACAAGACAGCAGCAGCACCAGCAGCACCUCAACAACGAACAAGGCCAGCAGCAGCAGCUACAGCAGCAACUACAGCAGCAGCAGCAGAAGCAGCAGCAGCAAGAACAAGACGAUGUCUCUUCUCAGGAAGCACCUAGUCUGCAGCUGCAGCAGCAGCUCCAGCUGCAGCAACAGCAGCAACAGCAGCUGCAGCAGCAGCAGCAGCAGAAGGAAGAGCAACAGCAACAACAACAGCAGCUGCAGGAGCUGCAGCAACAGCAGCAGCAGCUGCAGGAGCUGCAGCAACAGCAGCAGCAGCAGCAGCAAGAAGACACUCCUUCACCCCCACCGCGCCUCCCCAGAGACGAAAUUCCUAUUAAAGCAACUGCAGCACAGGCCUUCUUCGAGAGACUGCUGCAGGAGGAUGCGCUGCUGCAGCAGCAGCAGCAGCAGCAGCAUCAUGAUGGCCAGCUGCAGCAGCACCAGCAGCAUCAGCAGCACCAGCAGCAGCAGCAGCACAGACUGCAGCACCCAAAAGCAGCAGAUUCCUCAGGCUCCCGAAGGUCGCUGUCUCUUAGUCGCCCUGCCGCAGCAGCAGCAGCAGGUUCCUUGCUGCAGCAGCAGCAGCAGCAGCAGCAGCGAACCUCGCAGCAGCAACACAAAGCACCUCCCAGUAGAGUUGGGGUGUCCUGUGGAGGCAGCAGCGGCAGCACAACAUAUCUCCCUGCAGACUUCCUCGAGGACUUUGAUAGCCCCCCUAGCAGUCGCUACGUAGUAGAGGUGCUGCUUCCUGUGCUGCAGCAAGAGAGCAGCAAAGCAGAUUGGCGGCAGCAAACGCAGGCGCUGCUGAACCUCAGAAGGGACUCCGCUGUCUCGGAGGUUGUAGAUGUCUGCAUUAAGAAAACGGCAGGAGAGGCCUCAUCAGAUCUCCGCGCUGCUUCCCGCGCCGCCCUUUGGCUACUGUUUGAUGUGGUGCCGGCGUUGGAGUGGAAGACCGCCGGAAUUUCUUCCGAGCAAAUGAAGACUGCGCAGCAAAUAUCUUCGCGGUGUACGCAGGCUGAUGCAGCAAAUGUUUUGCAGAGCGUUCGCUGCUCUAUCAGAGCCCCUUGA